AUGGAGUAUCCGGGAACUCCGUUAAUUGAUGAAAAUUGUGAAAGUAUUCUAAUUGGUGAUAACAACAAUAACAAUUGUGACAACAGUGAGUCCUCGUCCUUGGCAACGUAUUUAUAUCCCGAUUUUGGUAUUGUUGAUGAAAUAGACAAAGGAUUGGGUGAAUUAUCCACAUCGGUGUUUGGACAGUCCCAGGACAUUGAAACUGUAACAUCUAUUGCAUUAGCCGCAGCAACAGCUACAACAACUAUACCAACAACAAACGCAGCUGCAGCAGCAUCCAGUGCAGCUGCCGCCGCUCAAACAAACAGAAUAUCAUCAUCAUUGUCAUUGGCAUCAUCCUCAUCUUCAUCGCCAUCAACAGCAGCAUCGUCAUCUUCAUCGUCAUCAUCGGCGUCGUCAUCCUCAUCGUCAUCAACAUCAUCGCAGAUAUCAUCGCCAUCGUUAACACCACCCACUCCCAUCAGUUUACCGGAGCAGUCACAAAGUCCAGAUGGUCGGACAUCAAUAAGUUCGACAGCAGCAUCGCCAGCAUCGAGUGAUACAACGGCAGUAAUUCUAACAG